GGGGCGUUCGGGGGCUCCGCUUCCGCCGCGGUCGGGGCCCGUUGCGGCGGCGGGCAGCAUGCUGAGCCCGCGGGAGCGCGGCGGGGAGCUGGCCCGCUUCUACACGGUGACGGAGCCGCGGCGGCACCCCCGCGGGCACACCGUCUACAGGGUCACGGCGCGGAUUGUUUCGAGAAAAAAUCCAGAGGAUGUCCAGGAGAUAGUCGUUUGGAAGAGAUACAGCGACUUUAAGAAGCUGCACAAAGAUCUCUGGCAAAUUCAUAAGAACCUCUGCAGGCAUACAGAACUCUUUCCACCUUUUGCCAAAGCAAUAGUGUUUGGGCGAUUUGAUGAAACCGUGAUUGAAGAAAGAAGGCAAUGUGCUGAAGACCUGUUGCAGUUUUCUGCUAAUAUCCCUGCUCUCUACAGCAGCAAACAGCUUGAAGAGUUUUUUAAGGGUGGAGAGGUACAUGAUGGAUCUGAACUGAUCGGUCCUGUUGAGCCUCUGUCUGACUCACUGACUGACAACCUAUCUGACUGCAGCUCUGAAGUUCGGAAAGACUUAAGUGGACUUGAUGAUGUGACGCUUACAAGCCAGUCGGAAUGUGGAGGCUUCUCCAGUGACAGCGACCUGAUCUCUUUGACAGUUGAUGUAGACUCUCUUGCUGAAUUAGAUGAUGGAAUGGCAUCCAACCACAGUUCUCCCAGUAGAGCUGUUGGCCUUUGCCAUACUUCUGAGCCCCCAGUACAAAGCGCUGUGGCAUCUGAGCAGGAGUGGAGCAAACCUGAAGGAGAAAGGGAGAGCCAUGGUCUGUUUUCUGGAAGCCUGAAACCCAAGCCUGGCAAACAAGAUUACUUAGAGAAAGCAGGCGAGUUGAUAAAGCUGGCCUUGAAAAAGGAGGAAGAAGAAGACUACGAAGCUGCUUUCAGCUUUUAUAGAAAGGGUGUUGAUUUACUUCUGGAAGGUGUUCAAGGUGAAUCAAGUCCAACUCGUCGAGAAGCAGUGAAAAGGAAGACUGCAGAAUACCUCAUGCGAGCUGAAAAGAUUUCCAGUCUGUACCACAAAUCCUCUGAAGAUGUCUCUAUGCCUCCAGGAUCACUAAGUUCAAGGCCCUCUUGGAACCUAAGGAGCCCUGCCGAGGAACUGAAGGCCUUCAGAGUCCUUGGGGUGAUUGACAAGGUUUUACUUGUAAUGGACACUAGAACACAGCAGACUUUUAUACUGAAGGGUCUAAGGAAAAGUAGUGAGUACAGCAGGAGCAGAACGACCAUCAUCCCCCGCUGUGUGCCCAACAUGGUGUGCCUGCACAAGUACAUCAUCUCCGAGGAGUCUGUCUUUCUCAUAUUACAGCAUGCAGAAGGAGGAAAACUGUGGUCAUAUGUCAGUAAAUUCUUAAACACAAGUCCUGAACAGAGCUUUGAAAUUCCCGAAACCAAAACAUUCAGUUCAACUAAAAUUCUUCUUGAGCGGCCGACGCCCAGCCCUAAAGACAUUGGUAGCAGCACGGAUUCCAGAGAAAGCUGUGGGGAGAACAUGCUGAAGGUGGUCCCUCUGAGGAGCAGCCUGACGCCGAGCUCUCAGGAUGACAGCAGCAACCAGGAAGAUGGACAAGAGAGUUCAAAAUGGAUGGACUCAGCAUCCAGCUCAGAAGAAGAGUGCACUACGAGUUACUUAACGUUAUGUAAUGAAUAUGGGCAAGAAAAAAUUGAUUCUGGCUCUCUCAAUGAGGAGCCUAUGGUUAAAGUGGAGAGUCAAAGUCUGAAUAUUAAAGAGAAAAGUUCUUUACAGAAGUGCACUGUUAGCAGUGAUAGUUUCAGCUCUCACGUUCCAUCUCAAGAGCUAAAACUUUUCAUUGAUGAUGGUGAAUCAGAAAUAGCCAGUCCUACUAGAAUAUUGGACUCACUAACCAAAUCAAAGAAGAGCCCCAUGGAACUCUUCAGAAUUGACAGCAAAGAUAGCGCUAGUGAGCUUCUGGGACUGGAUUUGGGGGAAAAAUUGUAUAAUCUGAAAUCAGAACCUUUGAAGCCAUUGUUCUCUGUGCCAGGUCAUGACAGAAGCUUGGAUGCCCUGGAGAACAAAAUGGGUGUGAGAGCUCAAGACACCGUAAGCAGGGGUUCAAACGACUCCGUGCCAGUUAUCUCGUUUAAGGAUGCUGCAUUCGAUGAUGUGAGUAGUAUUGAUGAAGGAAGGCCUGAUCUCCUGAUAAACUUACCUGGUAUGUCUGAUACAACUGAGGAGGCAGCAGUGUCAAGGCCUGCCAAGUUUACAAAAACUGAUAUGGAUGUUUUAGAAGUAAAAUUACUAGAAACACCUGAUGUCUUACAAUUAAAUAGUUCUGCAGAGCAAUGCAAAGCAUUUAAUCAAGAGCCAAAUCGUGUGACACCAGAACUGGGUGAUCCUUCCCCCAAGGAAGUGAAUGGACAAAGCGCUGUCACUCAGGGAGCUCUCGGGACCCUUUUUACUUCUGAACCAGAGGUAGGUAGUUCAGAAGAUGAGGCUCUGUUUCAGGGGCCUGCAGCCUGCUCCAUAAACGUGACAAGCAAAGAAGAAAGUGUGUUUGUUUCCAACCUGCUCUCAGGUGCUCAAGAUGUUAGCUUGGACAGAGACACGAUAAGAAACGAAGCAGUGUUGCUGUUUUCUGAUCAAACUGAAGACUUUGGGAAAGAGGAAACAAACCUGUCUUUGUUACCAGCAGCUGAAAGUGAACAGACAGCACCAAAGAGGGAAGACAAAGUAGCAGUAGCAGGGGAGAAGGAUAUACACCAAAUUUUUCAGGACCUUGAUGAAAGAUUAGCGAUAACCUCCAGGUUUUAUAUCCCAGAGGACUGCAUUCAAAGAUGGGCAGCUGAAAUGGUUGUAGCCCUUGAUGCUUUACAUAGAGAAGGAAUUGUGUGCCGCGAUUUGAACCCAAACAACAUCUUAUUGAAUGAUAGAGGACACAUUCAGCUAACGUAUUUUAGCAGGUGGAGGGAGGUUGAAGAUUCCUGUGACAGCGAUGCCAUAGAGAGAAUGUACUGUGCCCCAGAGGUUGGAGCUAUCCUAGAAGAGACAGAAGCCUGUGACUGGUGGAGCCUGGGUGCCAUUCUUUUUGAACUGCUCACAGGGAAGACCCUGGUCGAGUGCCAUCCAUCAGGAAUAAACACUCAUACUUCUUUAAGUAUACCAGACCAUGUAUCAAAGGAAGCCAGGUCGCUGAUUCAGCAGCUUUUGCAGUUUAAUCCUGCGGAGCGUCUUGGUGCUGGCGUUGCUGGUGUUGAAGACAUCAAAUCCCAUCCAUUUUUUGCCCUCAUAGAAUGGGCAGAUCUGGUGAAAUGAGAGAUGCGCUCGCCCUCGGAACAAACUCAGGUCAAGUGGACAAUUUUCUCUGGCACAGAACAACACCAACUUUCUUCCUUCGGGUGUCCCAAAUCCUUGGACGUUCUAACUGAAGGACGCUGGACCAAUCAUGCCAAAAGCAAACACUUUUAACAGGACUCACCAUUGUGCAGGGUGCUAGCUUGUUUUUACGGCAACUGGCUGCUAUGUGUGUGUAAGUCUUUUCACCAAAGGGUGAUUUGUGAUGAAACUGCUGCCUAGCAUGCUUCACGCUGCCAGACUGUCAACGAAGUGACAGUGCCCUCCUGGUGCUUUGUCUGGUGAUGGAAGCGUCUGUAGAGUGUGCCAGUUGAAAAUAUCUUUUAUACUGUAUGUCAGUAGACCAUUUCCCUAUGCUAAGUGCAGCUGGAGGAGGGAGGGGAACAAAUAAUUUAUUAAUGGUAUAUGCUGAAUGAAAUACUAAAAUGCUUUCUGCAAAACUUGACACAUUAAAAAUAGUAUAUCCAUUAAAAAGUAAGAAAGCUGUUGCAUAAUACUGUGGAAUGUGUCUUGAAAAUGGCAUAUCACUUCAAAUAGUGGAAAGAGCAUAUAAAAGGCAAAUAAUGCUGUCAAAUGUUGUACUUUGUUGGCUGGCACUGUCUGUUUAAAACUCUUGACUCUGUUAUAUUUGAUGAGCUACGUGUUAACGUCACUACCGAAAGGGAGACCUUUCCCUCAGCCAGAUAAACACUGCUUUUGCAACUUGAUAAGGAGCAAGAAGACACAGUGCUAAAUAAAUGUAUAGAUUACAAAAGGAAAAGCUCUUCUCUUUGUCAUUGUAGCCACUACUUAGCACUUAAUGAACUUCACUUCCUCUAAGUGUCCUAUUUUUAACUAUUUCUUCAGGAAAAACCCUUUCUUCUUGUUUUCUGCUUGAGGAAGCUUCUGAACUUUCUAUUUGUUAAUGAUCUGAAUAAAUCAAAGAAAGCCUUCACCCACUCUGCUGCUCGAGCAGGAAGGAGCCUGGGCUUUGCUCGCACUGAGUGACUUGGUGUCAUCUCUGAGCAAACCCUGGAGCGAGCCAGCUAGCUGACCUGUUUGCUUGUUGGUAAGGUCCAGAGAAUGGGAGAAGGACACAAGGGAUGCAGAAUAUUGUGCUGUGGUUGCUGCUAAUCAGCCAUGCAUGUACAGGUUCCCGAUGUACAAACACUGCACACUGUAAUGUUGUACAGAUUAUGGAUCUGUGUUCUUUUCUAAAUGUUCCCUUUGCUCUCUCUCUGUUGUUUGUUUUUUUUUUUUUACAAAAAAAACAACAAAACUUCUCCCCAGCUUUAUCCGGAGAACAAAGACCAGACUCCUUUGGGAAAAUGAGGUGACAGCAAUGAUUUUUGAAUUGACUUUUUUUGGGGGGGGGGGAAGUUGUAUCCUUCCAUUUGUAUUUUAGCAGCGUGUUUUAUGAGCAUUCCCCAAAGUGCAUCUGCACAGUCUCCAUCUGUUAGACACCAGGUUGGUGUAUUGAAAUAAAGUGGAAAAGGAAAAUGCUUCACUUAAACAAAGGAAAUCUGGAAACUUUUUUUUUCCUUUUAAAAUUAUUCCACUCCCCUCUUUUUUUGUUUCUUCCCUUUCUUGUGAUCACCAGGCCAGCAGAGGGGCUGUAACAACACUGCAGGUUGUAACCAGGUCAUUGGUAUCACCGCCUACGGAGCACUGUCCAAGAUUACAUCACUCUCAGAAACUGUGCUUCAACCUACCACCCUCUGGCUUCAUAACAGGAACUCCCUCAGGUGAGCCACAGGAACGACUUCCUGCGCCGACAGGGUAGGAAAUCUCUAAUGCAGAAUCCGAGCUGAUGCAGAGCUUCCUUCCAGUGCUGCCCCGGCUGUGACUCUGGAGGGCUCAUUGCUCAGGGGAGGCCUCCAUCCCUCUGCCACCUGCCUCCAUCCCGGCAGCUCUGCCUGCUGGUACCACCCCGUCGUAUUGUCGGUUCCAUUCGCCUGUCCCACUGUGUUUGCCUGGCAAUAACUGUUUUUAAAAAAAAAAAAGUAAAGGGUUUUUCCAUGUUAACUUAAAACAUUUUCUUGUUCAGAUUGUGCCAGUGUUGGUUAUAGGUGAAAGCAGUGUGAGCAAGCACAGCAGGACAAGCAGCAGAAGGAAAACGCUCCUCUAGCAGGAACCAAACAACCGGUGAUUCUCACUGAUUUGGUUUUAGUAAUGACACAAUGAAAUAUUUCUUUUUCAAGUGCAGCGUUGAGUUAUGAGGAAGUGUAGAUGAGAAGGAACAGGACAUUUGAUAGGACAGUUUGCUGUAACUGCGCCUUUGCGAUGCUGCUGUUAUUCAUAACUUUACCACAGCUUCAGAUAAUGAUUUUGCUAAAGAAAGCACAAUCUGGAGCUAAUGGCACAUGAAAAAUCUUGGUUUUAUAUACAGAUAGAUAGGUGGUGGAUUCUAUUUAUUUGUUGAUAUUUACAUAUUAUAUUUCCUUUGUACCUAAUCAAUGGCUUAAAUGACUUGGGAAAAUAUUCUGUGUUAUCUUCUCUCUGGUUCUUGUUAUGAGGCCCUGUGGUGCACAUCUCUGUUUUGCUGACUGCUGAGGAAUGCAGCAUCCAUUCCACCUUCUGUUACACCUAACAGCUGAUAGCAAAGUAAACCUGCCAGUUUGUUCACAGAAAUUCCUGUGAGAUGAUGUCGUACAGUAAAAUAGACAUAGAUUUUCCUCAUCUAUACAGGCAAAGCAGAUGACGGGCUUUGGAUGUCUGGAAGUGAUAAUUCCUUGCACCCCAUUGAACCACUCCAUUAUGUUUUCGUCUCCUACUGAAAAAACCUCAAAGAGAAAAUAUAUGAAGUGACCUUCUCUUUCUUUUUGGUUUUCUGUGACCUCCUCCUUUUUUCUGAUCACUCCGUCUCCAGCCUCUUGUUCACUGACCUUCUUUGACCUUCUAAGACCAUCUUUUCUCUGACCUUUUCCUCUCCCCUCUGCUCCUGUCUUCACUUUUAAAUCUCUUCC